AUGUCCCAAGACUUGCAAUUGAUUCAAAAUGUCGAACUUAGGUUUGCUCUAGCCGAUUCUACAGAGAAAUUCCAGUCAGCUUUAAAUACUUAUUUGGCACCACUUCUUUUGAAAUUUGCCGUGGAUGAUACACAAGUAAGAACUCAGCUAGCAAAAACAAUUAAGUUCCUGUUGUCAAAAAUCAAUGCUACUUCUGAGCUAAAGUUGCCUGCACAGAGUUUGCUGAAUCAAAUAAGGGAACCAAAUCUAAAGCCAAAUCAAAAUGCCACAAUCGUUCAAAAUUACACUCUUUUAUUCUUAUCUAAAGCUAUUACAAGACUCUCAGAAGAUGAAAGGUAUGAUAUUUUUUUUAAUUUAUUGAAUAAUAUUUCUGGCUUCACAGUAUCUGUUGCGGCUAGGUUAUUUAAUAUUUCAUGUAAAGUUCUGGAACUUUCACCAGAUGCCAAUAUGGAUAGAUUCUCAAGCUUGCUGGAAUGUUUACCCGAAAAGGAUAAACAGUUUCUUGAAGAAAAAUACUUUAAGUUCAUGUUGUUGCAUCCGGUUACCGCUGGUGUAAAUGGUUCUAUUUCGAAUAAUAUCACACAACCGGGAUUAUCUUCAGUUGAUUGUUCAUUUUUCUUUUAUUAUGCUGGUGUCACUUUUGACUCGUCGUCUUUGGCCCAAUACAAGUUAAAAAUUCUCAAAUUCGUGGAAAAUGCUGUAGGUAUUGAUAAAUCCAUAAUCCUCAUUUGUGCCAGCUGUGACAGUGAUUCAAGAGUAUCAUCUUAUGCUUCAACUUGUCUAAAAAGGCUUACUAUUGAUUAUGAAAGUGAGGAACUCAUAGGCAUUCUAGCAGAUUUAUUUAUAGGAUCACAUGAGAAACCUCCAGUUAAAUCCCACCUACAAGAAGCGUUUCUUAGUAUUUUCUGUAAGAGUAAAAUAGCAGCCAGAAAUGAUCUCAUUGAAAAAAUUUCACCAAUUGGUUUGAACUCAGAAAAUUUGAAGCUAAAGCAAGCAACCGUGUCCUUUGUUAGAUGGUAUACUACAGUAAACUCAUUGGACUCUAAAGGUGAUGAUACCGCUAAAAGAAUUGGAGACCAAUUGAAGCUCAACUUAUCAAAUGUCUCAACAGGUGGUGAAGAUCCAUAUCUAAUUGAAAACCGUCGAUUUCAAUAUGAAACUCUUGGUCUUUUGCUGAAGAAAUCAAAAAAGUUGCUAGACUUCUCUUAUAUUCAAUUUUUGAUUGAUAUGUUGGACAUCGAGAGCAAAGAUUUGAAACCUACAAUUAUGGAUGCUCUGCUGGGAAUCACUCUUAACUUGAGUUCAUUAACAAAUGAAGAUAAAUUGAAGCUUAAAAACCUGUUCGUUGACAUUUUCAAGAAGGGUAUUAGUCGCUUUUCAGAUCAGAGCACUAAUUUUGUCAGGUUUAUAGCCAUAAAGUACACAAACAUACUUUUUCCUUUUGAAGAUGCACUGUCUAGGGCUUUGAAUAUCUUAGGUCAAUCGAUACACGAUAAAAUUGAAACUAUUGAGGAAUCAAAAAGAGGUCUAAAUCCAUACCUUUUUUCUUUGGAUAAUGCUAAUACGGGAGAAGAAAUUCGUUUCCCUCAAUUCCAUGCAAUAGUCAAAUGCAUUAUUGAAUAUAGGGAUCUUAUUAACGCUGAAGUUGCGCUUUCUUUUGCUGUCAGAAGUUUGAUUAUGAAUUCUAUAUCCUAUCAGGAUACAGUUGUUGCUAUUGAUCAGUACUGGGAAACAAGAGUCGAUCAAGCAUUAAAUAUCGAUCCUGUUGUUAAAAAAUCACUUCUCUCAUCCCUGGAAACGUAUGUGGAUUUAGACGGCCGGUUGACAAAUGAUUAUAAAAGUAGUGCCUUAAAACAGUUUAUUGAUUUUUUUUUCAACUCACUUAUCCAGUCUAACAAAUUGUCAAGUUUGAUAACUCUGUACAAAAUUAUUUCGUUAUGUCCUCCGGUGGUGACUGAUUCACUAACGGUUCAUAUAUCUUUUUUGAUGGAUAACGAUUUUGAGAACAUGUCCAAUGAAUCAUACCACUAUAUUUCACAACUAACUGGUAUCAUUUGUACUUCGUUCAAUGUUUCCAACAACGACCUAGUUUCUAUAGUAAACAAACUACUAGAGGAGGAAUCUAUUUCUCCUUUGGCUUACGUUAUUUCAAGGUUAUAUUUAAGGGGUAGACGUGAUGUUUUAUCUGAAGAACUGUUGUUGAAAGCUUUGGGGCUGGUUGAAAAGCAUCUUAAUACUUCUUCUACUAAAUCGCUCGAAGUCUCACUUGAUGCAAUUUCACAAUUUUCUAUGUUUGGAUGUCUCAACAGCACUUCUGCCCAGAUUAACAAUUAUAAAGAAACUUUUAUCAAGAAAAUUCAACCUUUGGUCAAAAAGUGUUUAGAACCGGCAGUUUAUGCAUGGUGCUAUUUAGGUCUUACAAUGGCGGAUGAAACCUUUCCGUCUUCCGAGAAUACCAUGUUUGAAGAGGCAAUAUAUGCGACAUAUUUGACAAAACAAAUUGAUAAUCUUUUUGCUCUGGGUGAAGGCUUGGCUAUAUUAAGUGAUGGUUGGUCAUCAAAAAAUAUGAAGGGAUUAAUUGACAUUCCUGGCACUGUUCUUUCCAUUGAGUUCUAUCCAAAAAGGUGUGAGCCGAUUUUGAAUAAUGUGCUCGCAUUUUGUGAAAACCCGAAACCAAGUUUACGAAAAGCAGGUUGUAUAUGGUUACUUUCAAUGGUUCAAUACUGCACCGAUGAUAUCAUAAUCAGCAGGCUUGAGGAAAUUCAAAAAGCUUUUAUGAGAUGCUUAUCAGACCGUGAAGAAAUUAUUCAGGAUGCAGCUUCUAGAGGAUUAAGUAUUACAUACGGAAUGGGCAGUUAUGAAGUAAAAGAGGCUUUGGUUUAUGAUCUGCUUGGAUCAUUUACAGACUCAAAUAAGGCAACAAAAGAUCUGAUUAGUGGUUAUGUUGAUAAUGACACCCAGCUGUUUGAUGAAGGUGUAAUGAAUACCGGUGGUGGAGAAUCAGUUUCAACAUAUAAGGAUGUUUUAAACCUUGCUUCUGAAGUCGGUAAUCCAGGUCUUGUCUAUAAGUUUAUGUCAUUGGCUAAAAAUUCUGCUUUAUGGUCAUCAAAAAAAGGUAUUGCUUUUGGUUUAAGUGCAAUAUUAGAUAAGGAGCAACUAGAUAAGCUGCUAAAAGACAACCCUAACUUAUCGAGGAAGCUAAUACCUAAAUUGUUCAGAUAUAAGUACGAUCCAAAUACAUCCAUUUCCAGAACGAUGAACAACAUAUGGAAUAGUUUGAUCUUAAACAACAAGAAAACAUUAGAUGAUAAUUAUGACAACAUUUUCAACGAAUUGUUGAAUGGUAUGGGUAAUCGUGAAUGGCGUAUUCGAGAAGCAAGUACAGCGGCCUUGCAAGAUCUAUUGAGUCAAUGUGAUUUUGACAAAUUCAAAAAUAGUUUAGAGACUAUCUGGAUGAUGGCUUUCCGAGCGAUGGAUGACAUAAAAAGUUCCGUCAGGAAGGAAGGAGCAUCUUUAACGAGGUUUUUGGCUAAUAUAAUGGUUAUGAAAUUAAACAAUUCGUUGAGCAAGAGUGGCCAAGAAGCCAUUUUGAAGCAAUUGAUUCCAUUCUUUCUUGGUAAUAGUGGCUUAUUAAGUGAUGCUGAAGAUGUAAAAAAAUUUGCAUUCGAAACUUUAAUGAAAUUGAUUUCGACUUCCUCUCAAAGCUUAAAACCUUUUAUAUCAGAAAUUGUUAAACAGUUGAUUUUGCUGAUGUCUUCGGUUGAGCCUCAAGCGAUAAACUACUUGACCCUAAAUGCUGAUAAAUAUAAUUUGAAGAUUGAAGAUAUUGAUUCACAUAGGUUAGGUGCCGUGGGUAGCUCUCCAUUGAUGGAAGCCAUUGAAAAGUUGAUGGACUUAUUAGACGAAUCUAACAUCUCUAAUUUUAUUGAGGAAUUAGAAGCUGCGGUGAAGACGGCCGUCGGUUUACCAUCUAAGGUUGCGGGCUCCAAAGUCAUUGUCAUUCUGAUCAUGAGGCAUUUUUUUAUUAUCGGUAAACAUGGUGACCAACUGUUGAAGAUUGCCAGUAGUCAAAUGAAAGAUAGAAACGAAACAGUUGCUAAAUCUUAUGCAAUAGCAUGUGGUUAUUGUAUUAGAGUAGCAUCAAAUAAAAAGAUUGGUUCGUUUGGUAAGAAGGUCACUAGAUAUUAUUUUGAAAAAAGAUCUGAUAGCGGUACUGAUGAUAAAUUACCUAAGGUAUCCUCGAUUGCUUGUGAAUCUGUUUCAAAUUUCUCUGGCGACCAAUUUCAGUCACAUGCAUCAUUAUUCUUACCCUUGGCAUUUAUUGCUAAACAUGAUCUUAACAAGGAAAUUGCAAAAACAUUUUCUAAGGUUUGGUCUGACUAUACAAAUUCCAGUGUUAGUGCUAUUAAACUAUUUUUCCCGGAAAUCAUCAACUUGAUUAACAGUCAUAUUAAUACCCCAGCUUUUGCCUUGAGAAGAACUAUUGCUUUAACUAUUAUUGAAAUUAUUGAUGUUUUAGAUAUUAGAAUAAACGAACUAAAUCCGGGACAUCUUGCCGAAUUAUAUAAGAUAUUGUUGGAGUCGUUAGAUGGACGUAUAUAUGAUGGUAAGGAAAAAUUACUUGACUCAUUAGUCAAUUUAGCAUGUAAAUCAUCGAGCUUUCUAUCCAAAAAUGAUGAAUUAUACCAGAGAGUCGAAGAGCGUGUUGUUUUUGAAGCCAACAGAAAAAACAAACAGUACCAAAAGUUUAGUGUUCUUGCUCUUGGUAAGCUCCUAUCUGUCUAUCACGAGAAAGACUCACUUUACGAUCAGUAUGUUAAUCUUGUUGACCAGUUACUGGAGUCAAGCGUUAAUGACUCUGAUGAUAGUGAUGAUGACGGCGAUAUCACCAUGCGAUCAGAUUCUACUCCUAUAAAAAAAACUUCGUUGGUACAAGUGAAUCUUACCCAAGCAAUUAUACUAAAUCUCAUACAGUCGUUAUCUAAUGGUAACUCCAUUAAUGAGAAGGUAUUACGUUAUACUUUCGAUACUACCAUAACGUUUCUCAAAUCGACAUCUGUUGACCUCCUUCCUACUUCGGAUGCUAAAUUCAAGUUAAAACAGGGAAUCUUGUCUAUUUUGACCAGACUAGUGGAGCUUAACAAACCUGGCCUUAUUAACAAUGACUGGUACAAUGAUAAGGUGAUAGAGGUAUGGGAGAUAGUAGGAUCACUCACUAGCACUACUGACAAUUUACAGCCUAUUCUAGUUGGAUUUGCAAGAGUUAGUGGACUUAUAUUAAAUCAGCUCCAAAUCAAAGAUGAUUAUACAAGUUUAAUAAUUCGGGAAUUAAAGAUUUUAAGCUCAGAGAAUGUUAGUCCGGUAGUGACUAUCGAAUGUGAUAAGAUAUUGUCUAAAUUUAAAUAA